GUUUACAUCCAAAUGACUAUUAGACUCUAACCUCUUUGCAAUCUCAUUGUGUACUAAGCUGAAGCAGUAAAAGUGUGUCACACUGCAACAGCUUGGGUGCCCUGCUGGUGGCAUGGACAACUAGGACAGAGAAUUGAAAUUGGGCAAAGCCAGAGGACAGAAAACCAUUGGAAAUCUGUUGUACUAAGCCUGACAUGGUUCACUUGUGCGUGUCCAUUUCAGAAGAUGGUCUCCGGCUUGAAUCUGUACAGAAAGGAUCACCAAAGACUGUGCGAAGUAAGGGAAAGAAAGCAAUUAAUAUGGCUACUCUGCGGCGCCAACCAAGAGGCAGAACAGCAGCAACUCGGCAGGAGCGUGGCUCCUGCUCUUCCACUGCAUCUUGCCCUGUCUUCUCUGGACCCUACAGUGACCAAGAAGAAGACCCACCGCUACGCCGCCAAUCCUCUCCUUUACUUCUCAAAGGUUCUCUUUCCAGUCUACACAGCUCUACCAGUCCAAACCCCAAAGGUUCCCAUUCUAACCUCCAGGGGUCUGUUCCUUGCCUUAAAGGAUCAUUGCCACGUGUACAAGGAUCUCUGCCUAGCUUCUGGGGCUCUUUAUCCAGCCUUAGGGGCUCAAUCUCUCGGUUGAAGAGGAGGUCACUUGGAAGCGUGGAUAUCUCAAGCCCCAGCCCUAGCCCCAGUGAGAGGAGUACCAGCCCCAGCCUACUGAGCGGCAAUGGAAGCUCCAGUGAUGAUGAUGGGAGUUGGGACACUAAUAGCUGGAGUUCAGGGGCCACCUGCCUGCUUCGAACUCCUGUUAAACAAGAUAGCAAUGAGGGAUCAGGUGAAAAGCCUUUCCUGACUGACCAUGCAUCUGCCACUGCCAUGGAUGAGCCUGAAAUCAUCUACCAAAAUCUUAUCUACUCACAUCCUUCUGCUAAAACUGAAAGUAAAGGAGAUUGUGCACCUGAAGGUUCUUCCACAGUGCUAAGGAAAGACGUGGGAACCCAAAGUGUGACCUUGUCUUGCCUUAGCAAGAAUUCUGCAGUCUCAUCCCAUCAGCAGGAUGAGAUGACCGACAACAGGCGUAAGUUCUCGUUGUUUCUGAAUGAGGUGACCUGCAGGGUGUUGAAAUCUAAAGGCAGUCCUCCUCAACAACAGUCUACCCUUCGACACUGCUACCCAUCUCCUCCACCACCGCCGCCAUCAAACCACUCUCACCGAUUACUAACAACCACACUGCAUUCAACACCAGCAAGCCUACCACCACUGUCUACAUCAGCUACAAACUUGUGGUACACCCAAGCCAGCUCAAACCUCCAGACCAUCAAGGAGUAUGAUUCAAAGAGCAUUACCAGCCCCAUCCACCAGUGGAGCAAGACAUUACCCAGCUGUAAGAUAUUGGAGCCUGGGGAUGUGUUAAGGAAAGUGAAAGGGGAAAGUCACCCAUACCCAGAGCACAACCUGGAGUUAUGCACAAAGAUCCAACUCCAGCCCUCCACUGGGAGACUUUAUCUGGAGACAGACAUUGACAGUGUGAGACGACUUGAUGAACUAGUAGCUAAUGACACCCUGGGGAAAGAGAUAAAUGAGAAAAUGCAGGAGAAGGUUAUGAAGAGAGAAAAAGAGAGGGAAAACAGGUUUCCAUGGAAGAUAAAUGGGAGCUCGGGGAUGGAAAGAGGGAAGGAGAAAGAGAAGAAAAAAGAGAACCCCUGGGAUAGAAACAGAGGAAUCGAGAAAAGGAAGGAAAAGGAGGAUGGAAGAGAGAGGCCUUUCUGGGAGAAAGAGAGAAGGAUGGAAAGAGGGAGGGAGAAAGAAAAGAACAAUAUAUUUACCAGUUAUGAGCCCCCUCCUCCUCCUCAAUCAACUUCCAGUAAUUGGAGUAACACUUGCCCUGUCUUCAGCUGGCCAGAAGGCUUUCCCAGAAUGUCCUACAGAUCUACCUCACUGCCCAGACCUGUUAAUAUCACUGAAUCUGAUGGAGAGAUGCAGCAUGACACAAGCUCCUUCCACGACCACAAAGAUGACCUCCGUAAGCGCCUGUCGUACACCACCCACAAAUUAGAGAUGGUGGAGACAGAGUUUGAUUCCACUCGGCAGUACCUCGAGACAGAGCUGCGCCGGGCCCAGGAGGAACUGGAGAAAUUUACAGAGAAACUACGCAGAAUUCAGAGUAGCUAUGCAGCUCUUCAGAGGAUUAACCAGGAUUUGGAGGACAAGAUGCACAGGACGUCCCAGCACCAUGAAGAGGAAAAGAGAGCCCUCAGCCGGGAAAUCAUCCUCCUCAACAACCACCUCAUGGAGGCAAAGAUCACCAUCAAUAAACUCAGAGAGGACAACGAUCUGUACAGGAAAGACUGCAACCUGGCAGCCCAGCUGCUGCAAUGCUCCAAGUCUCACUACAGAGCACACAAGAUGUCUGAGCUGCCACUGGACUUGCAGGAACGCAUCAGUUCCCACAUGGAGAAACAUAAUUGGGGUAGCGGCGCCUCCAUAGCAAGGGGCCACUCCAAGUACUCUGACGCUGUGCCCACAUCCAUAAUUGGAGAGGUCCUGGAAAAGCCCGAACCAGGAAGCAGUUGCCCUGUAACGCGCUCACCCAGCCCGCAGCCGCAGGAUGGAGACUUUCUUACAGCCACAGGUAGCACUGAUCAUCUGAACCGCCGCAUUUCAUAUAAAACAUCUGACCUGUACUGUAGCGAUACAGCCCUCUACUGCCCUGAGCGAUGGCAAGAUACAGGGCGCAGGCAGAGUGUUGACCUCCACGGCACCGGUCUGCUCCAGCUUCACGCACAGAACUCCAUUGACAGCAACCCAGAUGAAGAGACCUACCACUCUGAAAGUUUCUCUAACCAUGAACCUCCAUCUUCAUUCCACCAACAUGAUGACUUUGGCACUGGUAGCCUCCCUGCCUCCAGUUCCUACUCUAGCUUCAGUCUUGCGUCAGACGACAAGGGAGGAGUUAGUGUUGGUGGUUGUGGGCGCACUACUAGCAGCACCUUAUCCUCUUCCCACCAGGGUCUCUAUAUGGAUUGGCGAGAUGGUGGCAGUGGAGACUAUGAGCGCAAAAGCAUGUCCUCUUAUAAUAAAGACAGCCCAAGCUUCCCUAAGUCUCUCAGCAUCCAGCACAUGGUGAUCCCCAGGAGCCCGCAGAAGGGCACCUCACCAGGGUACACAAGGACGGCUUCAUGCUUCAGUGAACCAUACCAUUCCAGCACCCCUCGCCUGGCCUCCUCUCACAGCAUGGGGUCCACAACUGGACUGGGCCAGGCUCGUCGAGGAGCUCUGGACAGCCGAGGUGACAUCCAGGUCCCUGAGGACGACCUAAGCAGCCGCUGGAGACAACUCAGCGUGGAAGACAUCAACACAUUUGCAUCCUACCCUAACAUUCCGGGGCGUGUAUCUCCAUACAAUUUUGCCAUGGGACCAUCCAGCAAGGUCAAGGGGUCUCUCUACAGCAGCUUUCAAGAAGGAGAUGAUGUCUUCCACAGCCGCGUGCCGGACCAGUGUUUUUCUAUGGGUCCCCCUUCGCCUACCCGCAGUCAGAAACCCAUGGAGCAUCGUAAGCAGGAGAACACGUCUGUGCUGUAUAGAGCCAAGGAGGACAGUCAGGACUCUGAGUGCAGUUUGUUCCUCUCAGGGAGCUCUAAAGAGAAGGAGAGCGGAGGGGGAGCAACAGCAGCAAGUAGUGCCAAGGACUACGUAAAUCUGAGUGCAGAAAGCUCAGCUGAGUCCUUACACCAAAGCUCCCUCGAAGCCUCAAGUCUUCAACACUACCCCAGCCCCAGGCCGAGCGUCCGGCCUCGCCCAAGCUCCAGCUCAGCUCUCAGUGUCGGUCCCACACUCCCAAAGAAGACCUCUCCAAGAUACCAAAAAUUUGGCAGCACAGGACUGACAAGGAAGGACAGUUUGACCAAGGCACAGCUAUAUGGUACGCUGCUGAACUGAGCGGAGACAGAGAGCUUUUCAUUUUAUGCAUGAUGAUGACGAUGAUUGCUAACUUACUGUACUGUAAUGUCUCAAAAAUCCCCAACAACACAUACUUGGUGUGAUGGGGUAUUAAGAUGUUGUUGUUUUAUGUAUCUCUUAGCCAAGGCACGUUUCAUGCAGUCUGCAACACUUUUUCUAUUGUAUGUCACGAUACGGUGUAGUUACCUAAAACCAGCUAUUUAGUAUGUUUUGGUUUCAAUGACAAUGAUGGGAAUAUCUCUAAAAAAUACAACACAGACCCAGAUACGUGAACAUACUGCACUAUUUUUUUUGUUGUGUGUGUCAAGUACGGUUAGUAAAACCAGCAAAAUACCAUUAAUUCCUGCUCUAAUAAUAAUGUAAUGUACUAAAGCAUGUUGAAAGGGGUAACUUCAAGGCGCUCUAAGCGAUGUUGGGUGAUGUUACUUCUUGUUGACGUUCAAAGUAUUUUCAAACAAAACGAGACUAGCUUGCCCCUCCCUCCUCCUCAUCCCGUCCCCCUCCCUUCUGUGCUUCCGCGCAGUAACCCCCCAACCCCACCGCCACCCCCACCCCCAAAUCCUUCUUGUUGGUUAUUGGCUGGAACACUGUUUGUGUAUGCUUUGUGGUGCAGGUGGGCAUAGUUUAUUUUUGUUGCCUUUUGCAGACCCUGGGCUGUCUACAGAGACCGUGUUUUUUUUGUUUUUUGUUUUUACAGUGUGUUCUGGGGACAGGCAGCUCGCGGAUAGUGAGGAGAGGUUAGCUGUCUCUGACAACAAAUGUAGCUUAAAACUUGCGCAACAUCGCUCAGAUCACCUUUAAUUAAACAUGUUUGGGAGAAGGAAGGUUAUCCAUUAUGUAUAGUGGAACCUGGUGACUGCAAGCUAUUCAAAAUAUAUAUAUAUAUAUCUUUAUUCUCUAUUUUGUCUUAAACAAAUACAUUAUGUAUAAUGCAUAUAAUUAAGAUGGAAAAACGCAUUUCCAGCUAAAGUGUUUCUCAUGGGCAUAUUAUCUGUAAAAUGCUACUUAUUAAAAUGGAUGUUUUAUUACCACUUCAAAAUUGGCUAAACAAGAGAUAUUAAAAAAAGGAUUUUACGUAAAUGCACUAUAAAAAUAAACUAUGGUAUAUUUAUAGCAAGAGACCCCUGAUAAUUACAAUAUGUUGCCAGGUGAACAACAAAAGAAAUGUAUACUUUCAGUAGAAAUGGUUAAAUGGAACUGAGAUUUUUAGCUGGAAUUUUUCUUAUUUUUGUAUUAAUAUGAGGCUCCAAAGUAGGUACCCUCAUACCAGAAAACUUGUGAAAUUGCCUUAAUCCUGUUCAGUGCACAGAAUGGUCUCCUUUACAACAACUGUGUACAUACUGUAUUAUCUUCUUUAUUGUUACUGUACGUAUACACUACUGUUACAGCGUAUGCCCUUUGUGUCAGACAUAACACACACAGGCCAGUUUCUUUAGAAAAGGAUUAAGUCCAUUCUUAGGGAUAUUUUUUAGUGGAGAUCUCCAUUGAAAUUUGUUUUUAGUUGAAGACGAUGUGGCUUAAUCCCUGUCUAAGAAUCUGGCACACGCAGCCAAAUGUCUAACCCGAUACAAACUCUUAAACUCUGAUAGCACUAGUAGUUGCACAAAAACAAAAAGUGCUGGAUCUUCUGGUUUUCAGGAGAGAUUAAUUGUAACAUUCUCCAGGCAAACUGUCAGUUCUGCAAUGUAUGCUCAAAAUGCUGAACUGAGAAGGGUGCAUAAAAACAACUGAUUAAAGACAAAAAUGUACAGUGUGUUGUUUUCAAACCAGCAUGCUCAAUUAGGCUAUUUUAGAGAAAACACUGUGAACAAAGGCAAUGCAUGUAUAUAUGUGUACAUAUAAAGUGGCAAAGACAUGCUGUCCUGUUGAUGAAUUCAAAAAAAUAUAACAAGACUGCCUUAUGUUAAAUAAAGAGUUGCAGAAGGGUUGUCCUGCUGCCCAUCAAUCAUGCUACCAUCUGUUAUUGUUACUAGUAUAGAUGGGGGGGGAAAACAUCCCCAAAUAUACUACACUAGAUUUCUAGAUACUAGAAAACGACAGUGUUCUAACAUGUUUGCCCUUUGGCAUGAUAGUUCUCGAAGGAUUUCUUCCUGCCUGUGUAGCUCUAUAGAUCUGAGAGGAAUGGCGAAAGGGAUAAGCUAAAUAAUGGGAACUCAGCUUUGCCCUCGAGCAAUCGCGUAUAGAUUUCCAUGCCUCUACCUCUCCCAUUCCUGCAGAUCUGGGAACUUAAGGCUUAAAGCUGUUUUUUUUAAAGAUUUAGAAACUUGCUUUUCUUUUUGACCUUGGCAUGUUAUGAAAGUGAAACUGCACAUAUGACACACAAAGUCUCCAAUCGUGUUCCUAUUUGGUACAAUAAACAUCUAAAAGGGUUAAAAAGGUUUGGAAUUUAAUGUAAUCAAUGUACAGGGGGAUUAAGAGGAUAUAUUGUAUUUUUGUUGAAGACAUAAUGUAUGAAAAUAAAUAUAGAUAAUACAUAUACAAUUAUUACACUUUGGCUAAUUUCUAUCCAGUUUCAGUUGAUGUUAUAUUUAUUGAAUGUUCUGACCCUAAACGGAGAGGCUGAAGCAUUUCUGUCCUGUUCUACCUCCAGCCUUGUUCCAGGAACUACAGGCCAGCUGUUUAAAUGUCAACAUAUUUGUCCAUCUGAUGCAUGGUUAUCUAUUUUUGCUGUAUGUUUAUUUACUUAAUAAAGAUGAGUGUUGGGAAAUACAUCAUGA